AUGGAGGACCAUGAUCCAAAAGAACCAGUACAGUUGAGGAAACUGUUUAUUGGUGGUCUGAGCUUUGAAACCACAGAUGAUAGCUUAAGAGAACAUUUUGAGAAAUGGGGCACACUUAAGAACUUUGUGAUAAUGAAAGAUCCCCAAACAAAACUUUCCAGGAGCUUUGGUUUUGUGACCUACUCUUGUGUUGAACAGGUGGAUGCUGCAAUGUGUGCUCAGCCACACAAAGUUGAUAAACAUGUGCUGGAACCAAAGAGAUCUAUUUCUAAAGAGAAAUAUGUAAAGCCUGGUGUCCAUUUAACAGUGAAGAAAAUAUUUGUUGGUGGUGUUAAAGAACAUACAGAAGAGUAUAACCUGAGAUACUACUUUGAAAAGUAUGGCAAGAUUGAAACCAUAGAAGUUAUGGAAGACAGGCAGAGUGGGAAAAACAGAGGAUUUGCUUUUGUGACUUUUGAUGACCAUGACACAGUUGAUAAGAUUUUUGUUCAGAAAUACCACACUAUUAAUGAACAUAAUUGUGAAGUGAAAAUGGCUCUUUCUAAACAAGAGAUGCAGUCUGCUGGAUCACAACGUGGAGGUGGAUCUGGUAAUUUUACAGAUCGUAGAGUGAACUUUGGAGGUGGUAGAAGUAAUUUUGGUCAUGGUGGAUACUUUGGUGGAAGAGGAGGCUAUGAUGGUGGAGGUGGUGGAAGCAGAGGUAGUUAUGGAAGUUGUGAUGGUGGAUAUAAUGGACUUGGAGGUGAUGGUGGCAACCAUCACUUAAUAUCAAUGGACUCAGUAGAGGCUCAAAUCAACGAGGAUCUGCAGGCCAAAAAGAAAAUCAAUAUGCUGGUCAUUGUUCCCAGGUCACCAGAUCACCAAGAGAGCAGCGGAGAGGGCACCUCUAAGAGUGUCUUAUCCCUCCAGCAAAUCAGCUGUCUUCCUGAUCAUAUUCGACAAGGAGAGAGAUUCAAAGACUGGACUGUAACCAGUGCACACUCCACAUAA